AUGGCCGGGGGCGACCUCCGCCGGGAGGCGCUGGCGCUGUACCGCGCUCUGCUCCGCGCCGCCGCCGCCCGCCCGGGGUUCGCCGCGCGGAUCCGCUCCGAGUUCCGCCGCUGCGCUGCGGUACCGGCCCGGGAUCGGCUCCGCGCGGAGCUGCUCCUGCGUCGCGGCCGCCGACAGCUGCAGACGCUGCGGGCGCCGAGCACCGUUCGCAUGGGCGCUUUUGGCCCAGGAUCCGCCUCCGCCACCACUUCCGGCUCCGCGUCCGGCGCCACUUCCGGCUUUGGCAGGCCUUCCGGAUCCGGAUGCUCUUCCGGUUCCGGGUCACCGCCCCAAUAA